AUGGCUUUAGGUAUUCAUCAGUGGCGACGAUUUAAUUUUUUCGAUAAAGAAAUAGUCAAACGAAAAGAUGGAAAACCUUUAGAAGAACUUAAACAUAUACAAGUUAUUGCAUCAACUAGUACAAAUGGUGCUGGUGGUGGUCAAUUAAUAUUUGGUUGUAGUGAUGGUUCAAUAUGUGUUAUUAAUCGUGAUUAUGAGACAAAUCAUAUUCAUACAUUUGAUACAUCAUUACAAUUAUUAGCACAUUCAGCAGGAGAUACACUUAUAGCUAUUGGAAUGGAUGAAAAUGAAACAAAACAAACAAUUAAACUUUGGAAAACAGAUAAAGCACUUGUAGAAAAAGAAAAUACAGAACCAGCAAAAGUCCUAUCUUUAUUACCAAAUGAUCAUCCAACUUCUAAAAUAUGUGCUGUAGCUAUUACUGAUCGUCAUAUAGCACUUGGUUGUGAAAAUGGAGCAAUUUAUUUUUUUGCAUCAAAUGAUUUAAUUAAAGAAAAACGAUAUAAAUUCUCACCACCAUUCUAUCAAGCUGAACGUCCAAUAACUAAUUUAGCAUUUGCUGAAGGAAUAAAACCAAAUAAUGAAUUAAUACUUUAUGCAACAACUGAAUCAACUGUUCUUUCAUUUCGUCUUGUUAAAACAACACCAGCUCCUAGUAUAUCAACAGCUGCUGCUGUUGCUGCUUCUGUAUCAUCUAGUUUAUCAUCAACAUUACGUGAUCGUCGACCAUUUCAUAUAACACAACAUCAUCAACAACAGCAAGCACAAUUUAAUAUAACAAUACUUGAAACACAAAUUGGUUGUAAUCCUGGAUGUGCUGUUUUAGCUCAAUCAGACUUUGAUGGUGAACAACAAUUUGUUAUUGCAAAUUCUACAGGUGUUUUUUCAUAUGUUGGUGAUGAUAAACGUCUUGGUUUAGGUAUUGAAGGUGAAAAAUUAGCUAUACAUUGGUGGUUUAAUUAUUUAAUAACAAUAACAAAAGAAAAUCGAAAAGCAUCUUUAAUGACAUCAACAACAACAAAUACAACAACAAAACCACCAUCAAAUAUUUUAUCACAAUUAACAGCCAAUCAAACAACAACUGAAUUACAAACAUUAGCUGUUUAUGAUACAAAUCCACAAUUAACAGCUUAUUCAGUUGGUAUUCCACGUAUACAAUGUGUUGUUAAUGAAUGGGGUUAUAUACAUAUAUUAACUGGUGAUGGUGAAUUACAUCGUUUAAUUGAAAAAGAUUUACAUUCAAGAUUACAUUUACUUUUUAGAAAAAAUUGUUAUCAAUUAGCAUUACAAUUAGCAAAAAAAAAUCGAACUAGUAAACAAGGUAUGGCAGAAAUUUUUAAACAAUUUGGUGAUCAUCUGUAUUCAAAAAAUGAAUAUGAAACAGCGACAGAUCAAUAUUGUAAAACAAUUGGAUUUUUAGAACCAUCUUAUGUUAUUAAAAAAUUUCUUGAUUCUCAACAUAUAGAUCAUUUAACACGAUAUUUAGAAGAAUUACAUCGUGAAAAAUUAGCUAAUACUGAUCAUACAACAUUAUUACUUAAUUGUUAUACAAAACAUCCUGAUCGUAUAAAUCGUCUAGCUAAAUUUAUUGGUUUAAAUGAAACAUCUCCAUCUGAUGUUGAAUUAAGUUUUGAUGUUGAUAUUGCAAUUGAUGUUUGUCGACAAGCUAAUUAUUUUGAAGAAGCAUUAGCACUUUCAGCUAAAUAUCGUCGUCAUGAUAAAUAUAUUAAAAUUCAAAUUGAAAAUAAAAAAGAUUAUGAUAAAGCAUUAACAUAUAUUCAAACAUUAAAAUUUGAUGAUGCUUUACAAGCAUUUCGAAAUUAUGGUAAAAGUCUUAUUAAAGAACAAUCAAUAUUAACAACAAAAUUAUUAAAACAACUUAAUCCAACACCACAACAAAUUGAACAAGAAAAAUUACCUGAAUCAUUAAUUAAUUUAUUUAUGAAUAAUCCUGAUGAAUUACUUGAUUAUCUUGAAUAUGCUGUUAAACAAUAUCCAAAAGAACAUCUUGCUACAACAGUUUAUGAUACAAUAUUAGAAUUACUUUUACAAAAAUAUAAUAAAACAAAUGAUAAAAAAGAAAAUGAUCGUAUUAGUCAUCAAAUUUUAACAUUACUUCAAGAUUCAAAGAUUGAUAUUGAUGUAACACGUGCAAUGAUUGCAUGUCAAAAAUAUAAUUUUAAAGCUGGUGUUAUUUGUUUAUAUGAUAAAGCAAAAUUAUAUCAACAAAUAUUACAAUAUCAAAUGGAUAAUCAAGAUAAUGAUGAAAUAGUUGCAACUUGUCGUAAAUAUGGUGAUGAAGAUCCACAAUUAUGGAUUCAAGCAUUGAGUUAUUUUUCAAAAUUAAAAAGUGCUGAUGGAUGUCGAAAAGAAAUUCAACAAAUAUUAAAAUAUAUCGAUGAGAAUGAUCUUUUAUCACCAUUACUUGUUAUUCAAACAUUGAGUAAUAAUGAAUCAACUAGUCUUGAUUUACUUAAAGAUUAUCUAAUUCGAAAACUUCGUAGUGAACAAACUCAAAUUGAAAAAGAUCAAUCAGAAAUUCGUCGAUUUCGUCAAGAAAGUGGAGAUAUUAGUAAAAAAAUUAAAGCUCUUGAAACUGGUCCAAUUCUUUGUCAAGAUCCAAAAUGUAGUGCAUGUAAAAUGGAUUUAGAUCUUCCAUGUAUACAUUUUUUUUGUGAACAUUCAUUCCAUGAACAUUGUGCUUAUGCUAUUGAAUCAACAACAUCAUCAGAAAUUAUUUAUGAAUGUCCAUUAUGUUCUGGUGAUAAUCGUAAAUGGCUUGAUUUAAUAAAUAAUCAACGAGUUGAUAAAGAUAUUCAUGAAACAUUUCAUCGUAAAUUAGAUAAUCAACAAGAUAAAUUUGGUGUUAUUGCUGAAUUUCUUGGUCAUAGACUUUUUGAUAAAGAAUAG